AUGUCCAUCAUGCCCCUUUGUUGCAACUUUGCAUGGGAGAUUGUCUAUGGCCUGAUUUAUCCCUCCAAAAAUCGGCUUGAACGGGGAGUGAUCGUUUUCGGGUUGGUCAUCAACUUUGGCAUUAUGUAUGCCGCAGUUCUCUUCUCGCCACGAGAAUGGACCCAUGCGCCACUUGUGGAGCGUAAUCUCCAUUGGAUUUUUUGCAUCGGAAUCAUCGGCUUCCUCACUGGGCACCUCGCUCUCGCCGCUGAAAUCGGCCCUGCGCUGUCGUACUCCUGGGGCGCGGUUGUGGCUCAGCUUAUGCUGAGUGUUGGCGGUCUCUGUCAGCUUCUCUGUCGUGGAAGUACCCGUGGUGCUUCCUACACUCUAUGGUUUUCUCGAUUCUUUGGCUCUUAUUGCGUGAUGGGGUUCGCAAUUCUACGUUGGAUGUAUUGGCCGGAAUCAUUUGCAUGGCUUAAUAGUCCCCUCGUGCUGUGGAGUGUGGCCGUUUUCUUAAUAGUGGAUAGUUCUUACGGGCUAUGUUACUGGUAUGUUAAGCGGUACGAGGAGAGUUGUCGUACGGCACGGACAGAAAAGGUCAAAUGA